AUGAUAUCAUGCAUCGUUCGGUCUCUGCAGUUCAAAAACUGUGCGUUUUGUGCUCGCUUCCUCGAGGCUCUACGGUGGCGGCACUACGUGAGCACCGUGCAGCUGUACUGGACCUUGGGUGACGGCUGGGUCGGAGAUGGCUGGCAAGGCCUUACGGAUGCAGACUUCGAGGUGCGGGUGUCCCCCUCCGAGUUGGUGGUGCGAUGUCUGGCCGGACCACGCAAAAGUGAGGUCCUAGGGCCUUUGAGUGGCAGAUUCUUGAACGAGGUGGAGCCGGGAAGAUGCUGGUUUGCAGUGGAGCGGGAUGUUCGUCAGCGGCAUCGAAGACACUUGGUCGUUGAACUUGCCAAGAAGAGUCCCGGUAGACCCUGGACGGACAAGCAAAUUUUCAAAGAUCGCUCUGAGAUGUUCAACCGGAGGUCCUUUGCUUGGACGCCGCAGCAGAUGAAAGAGCACGAAGACGAAGAGUCUGCAUGGACGACGCUUAAGCCUGGGCGACGACCAGACGUUCAGGACCCCUUUGUCACUUCCAGGAGUUGGCUGUGCCACGAGUUGCAGCAGGGCCAAAGUGCUCAACACCUGUAUUUCCGCAUCAUUCUCGACCAGAAGAAACUGGACGAAGCGCUGGAGAAAGUGCCGUAUUUCAGGCUCUUUGGAGUUGAUGUGUCAGAGCGCUUCUUCAAGCUGUUCAUUCGUGGGGACGAGUCUACCCCCAUCAUGCUGGGAGAGCUUGGAGGAGCUGUUGUGCCCGACGACACGGAGGUGGAGCUCACAACGGUGACCCGAGAGGUCGAGGGUCAUCGGAUCCGUGGCACCAUGGAAACCGUCCCCUGCUUGGACGUCACUCUGAGAAAAGCCCCGGAGUCCUAUGGGGAGUGGGAGUCGUUUAUCCAUUCGGACGAGCAGGCCUUGAGCAAGCCACAGGGCACACUGGAGGAGUUCGAGGUCCGCCAGCGCAGGCGGGAGCCGUCUCCUGAUCGGUCGGACUGGACACCCGAUGACUUUGCUGAUGAGCAGAAGGACAAGGCCGAUGCUGCUUUUAAGGAGGGCAUCUACCGUGAUGCAAUUGUUUACUACACCCGCGCGCUGCGGCACACACCUCGAAAUGAAAGGUUGUUGUCAAACCGCAGUGCUGCGUACUGCAAGAUCUUCAAGUACCAGCUUGCCCUGGAUGAUGUCAACCUUGCGAUGGAGAUUGAGCCUUCCUGGCCCAAGCUUCACUAUCGGAAGGGCCAGGCAUUGCGUGGUUUGCGCCGCUGGGAUGAUGCCAUGGCGGCUUUCGAAGAAGGACGGGACCUCGACCCUCAGAAUCCCGACUGGGACAAAGAGGUGAACCGAACCCGUGCUGCCAAAGAGCUCAAGGAAGCCUCCGUUCGGAAGAUCAAAGAUUAG